UAUACCGCGUAUACCUCGCUUCGAUUAUCCGGUCAUCGGUUGAGCAACUUUGUUGAGCGUCAAUAAAAAGUAACUCGCGAAAAAAACAUAUUCAUCGAAUUUGUUGUAUGCUCCGUGUUGGACACAAGCACCGCAAAAUUUCACAUAAAAUAAACAUGAAGAAAAAUAAGGACGUGUCGGACGACGAGGACGAGUACUCCGCAGACGAUCCUGAGGAAGUCGAGGGAGCAUCAGAGGAAGACUGGAAUGCUGAGCUUGGUGCUGAGGGUGGAACGAAGAAAAGGGCACGAAGGGGUGCGAAAAAAAGACAGCAUUCUGAAGAGGAAGAGGAAGAGGAGGAGGAGGAUGAGGAAGAGGAUGAGGAAGACGAGGAGGAGGAUGAGGAAUCUGAUGAGGAGGAUUCAGCCAAGAAACCUAAGAAAAAGCGACGCUCUAAAAAGGAAGAGGAUGACGAAGAAGAUUCUGAUGAUAACAAUUUUAAUGAUAACUCAGGAAUUCCCCCUAAAGACUACACUUCUGGAGCAUUUGUCGUCGCAAAAGCGGAUGUUGGAGGCGACAGUGAUCCCACUUUGUGGAGGAUAGAUGGCAAGGCUCUUCUACAAAAAUAUUUGCCAUUCAAAGAAGCAGGGAAAACUCUUUAUAAAAGCACAUCUACGUACUCGGGAUGGUCGGUGAAUAAUAAAGACAAGUACUUGGCGGCCCAGGUUACCUUCAAGGUGCAGAACAGAAACGAAACAGUCGUUGAGCUCCACCUUGAUCAACAACAACAAGAAAGCGUAAAGGUAGAUAAAGAAGGGUAAAUAUCCUCGGAAUAUUUCUUCAACUCCAUCAUUUUCUGUUUAUUUACGAAGUUCUACUUGGUGAAACAACUUGGUACAUCGAUUAAACCAAAGGAAUUAAUGUCGCACUUUUUUCUUUCAU